CUGACCGUCAAGGCGCAGCGUGUGCUGCAAUCCGUGCCCGUCAUCUGGGUCCCCCAGGCCGGCGGCAGUGUCGAAAGUUACGCCUACAGCAUCGUCAAGGGCAUCAUCGACGAGGACAAGCAGGAAGUGGUACGGGCCACUUUCCCCACCAAUGACGAAGAUGCUGCGGGAGAAGUCUGGCGCGCUGCCGCCCGCGAGCUCGCCAACCGCCUGGAAGCCGGCAGCGAUGUGGCGUUCAUCACGGAAGGCGACCCGAUGCUCUACAGCACGUUUUCCUAUGUACUGGAAACCAUCCUGGACGAAUUCCCCCAUCUGCCCGUGGAAGUCGUUCCCGGCGUAUCCUCGGUAAUGGCAGCGGCGGCCUCGGCGGUGGCUCCGCUGGUAACGCACGGGCAACGCCUCGCCAUUCUUCCCGCCGUUUACGGCAUUGAUGACCUGCGGGAAGCCAUCGCCCUUUACGACACCAUUGUCCUGAUGAAGGUCAACCGGACCUUGCUGGAUGCCUUGGCCAAUCUGGAGCGCCUGGGUCUGGCCGGUCGCACCAUCUACGUCCGCCGCGCGACCACCGAACGCGAGCGGGUAGUGCGCGACAUUCGGGAACUCACCGACGAAGACCUCGACUACUUCUCCCUACUAAUCAUCCGGCGCUAA